AUGUCAAAAGACUCUAAGCCUAAGGUAUCACCUUUUCUGAAUGCAGUUAUUGGAGGAAUCACUGGAGCUAUUGAGAUCUCUAUUACGUAUCCCACUGAGUAUACUAAGACUGUCAUGCAGUUGUACCCAGAAAUGAACAAGAAGGGAGCGAUUGCUGUAGUCAAGGAGAACAUGGCUAAAGGAGGAUAUUUCAGAUUGUACAAAGGAUAUUCAUCUCUUUUAUUGUUCUCUGUUCCAAAAAAUUAUGUCAGAUUUGGAGGAUUCUCAUAUGCUAGAGAUCACUUCUUCCCUGAUACCACAAAGAAGUUACACACUUUUGCUUGUGGUCUCUUUGCAGGAGCUUCUGAAGCACUAUUGGUAGUUACUCCACAAGAAACAUUGAAGACUAAGCUGAUACAUGACAUGCUUAGUGAAAAGCCUAAGUAUAGGAAUGUUUUUCACGGUAUCUAUUCCAUAGCAAAAACUCAAGGAUUUUGGGGAGUUUAUGCUGGGCCUCUCGCCACAGUUUUAAAACAAUCUACCAACCAAGGAGUAAGAUUUGUAGUAUUUGAGGAUGCACAAAAGAUGAUGAAUCAAGUUAUCCCAGUAAAAGUAGUUGCAGAUCUAACUGCAGGAGCUAUUGCAGGAACUGCAAGUGUCAUUGUUAAUAAUCCGAUCGAUGUUAUUAAAACUAAUGUUCAAGGACUCGACGCUCAUAAGUAUAAUGGAUUCAUGGAUUGUUUCGGACAAAUCAUGAAGAAAGAAGGACCGAUGGGAUUUUAUAAAGGAGUAGGACCAAGAUUGGCAAGAGUCACUCUAGACGUAGGUCUCACGUUUGCCAUUUUCAACUCACUUAAAAGAAAACUGAUUCAAAUGGUAUCAAAAGAGUAA